AAAGAGUUCAUCAACUUCAGUUAAACGUUCAGCACCAUGUGGUCAAGAUGUUCGGUGGGUUUUUGUUUGCUCCUUGCUGCCCAGGCAGCGGUACUCAAAACGAGAAAUAUUCCCGUUGAAAUUGUCUACGAUAGAACGAACCCGGCCACGUACGGGACGAGAAAUUUAGACGCCAAAAUACAAUUAUCAUCGGACGAAUUACUGAAAUUGAAGCUCAGUGAUGAUAUCAUCAACGAAGAAAAAAUUCAUUUCGAAGAAGGGGAUGCUGGGAAUGAACAAGGGGUGAAAAACUUGGAGGAGAAAAUUCAACUGUCGUCUGAAGAAAUUGGCCAUCAGUCGCAAAAUGCGGUGGAAGUUGACGGCAAUAUUAAAGCUGCCGUUGCGGAAAAUUCGGCACAAUCCGGGAAUUUGCUUGAUCUUUUGAAACGGGCUGAAGAGAUGGCUUACGCUGGCAUUAACACGAUUAGGGAGAACUUUGAUAAGGUCUCAGAUAGUAUACCGGGGGCCAAACCAACGGCAGAAGCUUGGGAAAAAUUAAACCAAACUCUGCAUGACUACUUCAGGGAUCAGUACAAGAACGCCCUCACUUUGAAACAGGAUCAGCCAACAAGUGGUAACGAAAACCCCAAUCAGAAUCAAAAUCAGAACCAAUUUUUCCAAAACUUAAUCAAUGGUAUUCAAACCAUUUCCAACAAUUUUAUGGGCAAUUUCGGCCAAAAUGGGCAAACGCAGAAACCGCCUGGGUCCGAGGAUGAACAACAACCACAGCAGCAACAACAAGGCCCGUGGCAAAGCUUCGUCAGCUAUUUCCAAGGAGGAAUGAACCAAAUGGUAACCAACAUGAACAACUAUUUCAACCGACAGAAUGGUACCUCCGGGCAAGAAGACACCGGAACUGGGGGUAACGGGGGUUCAAACUUCAUCAACAACUUUGUCAGUUCAAUCCAGCAAUUUUUCCAAGGCCAGGGGGGCCAGGGGGGCAGCCCCUCCCAAACAAUCAACGUCAACAACCAAAGCGACUCCGGAGUGACCACCAACGCCCCCGGAUUUUUCCAGGGCGCCAUUAACCAAUUCAACCAAGUGGUUAACAACUUCCGGCCUUCGACCUCAGCCCGGCCUCCGGUGCAAGGUGACGAAGGCUCGUCAACAACUCCGGGUAAUUUUAUCCAAAGCAUAGGCCAGGCAUUCCAGAACGUUAACAUUUUCCGGCCUCAAGGGGGUCAACAGGGGGGUUCAGGGGGGUCAUCUAACCCGAUUCAGUCAAUUGGGAGUCAGUUCGGGGGCCAAGGGGGCAACGGGUCGAAUCCGUUCGUCUCAGGGGCGCAGGCCAUUGGAAGUCAGUUUGCGGGACAAGGGGGUAAUGGGUCGAACCCGUUUGUCUCAGGAGCUCAAGCGAUUGGGAGCCAGUUUGGCCAGGCCAUUGGGGGGCAAGGGGGGCAAGGUGGGGGCUCGAAUCCGCUGGUUUCGGGGGCGCAGGCUAUUGGGAACCAGUUCCAGCAGGCUAUUGGGCAAGGGGGGAAUAAGCCGGUUGAAGGGGGUGCAGGAGAGGCCACCUCUGAGAAGACGAGAGCGGAGAGUUUGGUGAAUGAGGGAGAGAAAGUGGAGAAGAUGGAAGAGAAGGUUGAGAAGAAAGUGGAGAAGGUGGAGGAAAAGGUUGAGAAGAAGCCAGCGGAAAUGAUGGCCAUGGAGGAGUAGAAUUUUAAAAGAAUAAUGAAAUUUGAAAUCAUCGUUUGAAAUGGAUUAUGAGAAUUAAUUUAUGAUUAUUUAUUAAUAAAUUAUUUUGUGACAAAAGCCUUUGUGGAUUGGCUCUGUCGAUUCGAUUGAAAUAAAAUAUUUUUGUAUUUAAAA